UCUGUCACUGUUGUCAGACACAACGUGGGAAAAGUUAGGUUAAAAACAUGUUAAAAACCUUUGUUUUGAUAAUUUUAAGUAAACUAUAAAAUAUUUUAAAAGUCACGAAAGAUUAAUUAUGAAGACUAAGCAAGAUACACUAAUACUUACAAAUAAAGAUGGAAAGAAAGCCAAAUUUUCGAAGUUUAAAAAAUCUAAGAGCAGACCUUUUGUAGAUCAAAAAAAAGCGAAGGAUCUACUUAAACAUAAGCGGGCCAGAUUGGUGGUACGAAACUUGUCGUUCAAAGCGACAGAGGAAAGUAUACGAGAACACUUUCAACAAUACGGAGAAGUAACAAAUGUUGAAGUUUUAAAGAAGCCCGACGGUAAACUUGUUGGAUGUGCUUUUGUUCAAUUUCAGUUGGUACAGUUUGCAAGGAAGGCACAACACUAUACAAAUAAUCAGCCAUUUCUGGGUCGAAACAUAAAAGUAGAUAUUGCCAAACCCAAAAAGCUCUACAAAAAACAAACCACGAUUGACAUUAAAGACGAAAUAAAAAAGGAAGAAGUUGAAAUAAAGAGUGAGACUCUCAAUGAAAAUGAUAUUUUAGUAAAACUGGAAAAUAAACCAGAAGACUUGGACCCAGAGGUUGAUAUAGAUAAGUCGUCUUUGCAUUCUACAACAAAUGAUAGGCGACCGUUUAUGUCUCAUGACGUUUCUGAGGGCAGAACGGUUUUUAUAAAAAAUGUACCAUUUGAUGCAACCAAUGAAGAUCUCAAGAAUUGUUUAUCACAAUAUGGCCCUAUAUUUUAUGCAUUGGUCUGUAUUGACAAAAUAACAGAGCAUUCCAAAGGUACCGCAUUUGUUAAAUUUGUGAACAAAGAAGAUGCUGAGAAAGCUCUAACUGCUGGAACUGAAUUAACUUUAUUAGGGAAUGUGUUAGACUGUCACCCUGCCUUAGAUCGAAAUGAUUUGAAACAUAAAAUUCAAUCUGAAAAGGAUCAAAAGUCGAGACCUAGAGACACAAGAAAUUUGUAUCUGGUAAAGGAAGGAGUUAUUUUGGCGGGAACAAAAGCAGCUGAAGGAGUAUCUCAAAGCGACAUGACCAAACGCUUACAAAUUGAACAAUACAAAACUCAAAUGUUAAGAAAUUUAAAUACAUUUGUAUCGAGAGAUAGAGUAGUAGUACAUAACUUACCCGCCACUUGGGACGAUAGAAAAUUAAACAUGUUAUUCAAAAAACAUGGUGGUAAAGACGCCGUUGUAAGGGAAGCUAGAAUAAUGCGUAAUUUGAGAAAAUUGGAUGCAAAUGGUAUAGGCGAGUCAAAACAAUAUGGAUUUGUAGCAUUUACGAAGCACGAGAAUGCAUUAGAAGCACUACGAUCAUUAAAUAAUAAUCCAAAUAUAUUUUCACCACAAAAACGACCUAUUAUUACGUUCAGUAUAGAAAACAAAUCCGCAUUAAAUGCCAAAACGAAACGCCAACAAAAAUCCAAGUUAAAAAAUCCGAAAUCAAAAGAGUUUGAUCCGAGUUUAGUCCAAAAAGACAACACCAAGUUGGCUACUGAAUCUAGUUCUGAAGUAAAACCAUUCGCAGGUAUCACUAGCAAAGAGGGUGCCGUCCAGAAAAUGAGGAGUCGAUAUAAACUGAACGUACAGGCAAAAAUGCAUUACGAAAAUGUGAAAAAAGAGAAAAAGAAAAAUAAGAUGACCAAGAAGCCACUGUCGGAACGAAGAAAAGAUUUUACUAAACAGCCAAAGCAGAAAAUUGUGAAUAAAACGAAAGAUGAUACUUUCUCUAAGUUAGUAAACGACUAUAGAAAAAUUCUGGAUAAUAAUGUUGUUAAAAAAUCAAAAUGGUAUGAGUAAAUUUUGUUUUGUAAAAUAU